AUGGGAACGUCGAUGACUUGCUUGGGAAAUGUGGACGAGUUUUUUGCGGAAAUGCCUAAGAUACCAAGAGUUCCCAGCGCCAAGCAUGCUGAAUAUCCAAUGCAUUUGAAGAAGUCAGCACUGUGUGCGCAAAUGCUUGAUCGCAUCUUCGAUGAUUCUGCAAAUGCAAACGGCGGCGGGAAUUUUGCAGCGAAAAUUCCCAACACGAUCAGCUGA